AUGUCUCGACUAAAUAACCUGGGAUUUGCUGAGCUGGAGCAGUGGAGGCAAGCAGAGGAGUUGGAUAUCAGAGGGGAUCCUGGAUUCUCUUUUAUGCCAAGUUGUAUGGCUCAUUUCAGGGUGAUAUGGAAGACAAGGCUCACCGAGACGGAUUUGAUUCAUUUGAAGCAAGCCUUCACCACUAACCCAUCUCUGUCUCCCUGCACCGUAAUUGCUGAUAUUAUGCCACGAGUCCCCCUCACAACCACUCUAAAGUCCUACAUCCCUGACGACACUCCAGACGGACCUGCAAGAUUUCCAAUCGCUGAAAACUCUGAAAACAAUCUUGCAGUGGUCAUUGACAUCAGAGAGAAUGGAGUCACAGUAAGAAUAGAGACGAACGAAGCUGUUUAUUGA